AUGCAACUAGAAUACACACGUUGCUUUCCACCAGCUGCCUCUGACUUUCCCGACUCGCAGUUAGCUACCUUGGCGGAGAGCUGGGUCAGAGAUUGUCUGCAGAAUCACGCAGAAUGCACCCUGGCGAAGAAAGACUUCCGACCGAAGAGGCUAGUCCAGAUUCUUAACAAAGAUUUUGGAAGGCUUGUGCUUCCUAGGGAGCUGCCACCAAAAAAGAAGAUCGACUAUGUUGCAGUAUCUCAUUGUUGGGGGGAUCCUAGGCUGUUAAAGAAGUUGACCGUCGAUAACGAACAUGAACUCCAGGAUAAAAUCAAAGUAGCAGAUCUCCCAGCGACAUUCAAAGAAGCCAUUUCAGCUUGUUGGAAAUUAGGAUUCCGUUUUAUCUGGAUCGAUUCACUUUGCAUCAUGCAGGGUGACCAAGCAGACUGGCAGGAGCAAGCUUCAGAGAUGGGUUCUGUGUAUGGAAACGCAGUGCUGAGCCUGUGCAUGGCUGGAUCAGCAAACUCUGCAGAACCAAGCCUCCAAUCCAGAAAUACCGAUCUCACAUUGCCUCUAUGUAUCACUCUCACCGGUGGCAAUGGGGAAAAAACGACACUUCGCUUGGUUUGCAAUAGGUCAUUUGAGGACGAUAUCAAAGCUUGUCCACUACGCAAGCGUGCAUGGGUCUUCCAGGAAUGGUAUCUCGCAAAACGCUCACUCAUAUUCGGGCGUAUGCAGCUUUGGUGGCACUGUUGCGAAAAGCUGGCGUGUGAGACCUUUCCGGAUGGGAUUUCUGGUUCAAUCGCUUUCAAAUCUGCCAUUGGCAUUACAGAUGCGGAGACAAUGAAGGGUAAAGUCUCGAAAACACUACAAUCUCCUCAAUUUGCUCAGAAGCUUUGGUGGGACCUGAUUAAGCAGUAUGCCAAGACGAAGCUAACUAAGGAAGCGGAAGAUCGGGUUAUUGCCUUUUCUGGUAUCUCAAAAAUGUUUGGGGAAUUUCACAAUAUCGAAAGUCAAUACACUGCUGGUAUGUGGAGAUGCCACCUCCCACGAGCACUCCUAUGGUAUCGAUAUUGCGGAGGUGAGACGUUUCGUUCAUUGGAUUACAAAGCCCCUUCAUGGAGCUGGAUGUCGCUUGACGGGCCCAUAACCCUCGAAGAUGAUUCUGAUGGUCAGAGUCCCACAACGCCGCUUAUCGCACCCCACUAUUGCUGCUCAGUCGAUACAGUCUACCUGCCCUUAGAGGACAAAAGCAAUGCGACUGGUCGGCUUCAGGGCGGUUCUGUCCGGAUCAGUGGCCAUCUCCUUGAACUCACGGAGAGAGAUGAGGACACCCUUCCAAAUCAUAUCUCACUCAAACAUUUUGGGGAAAGCUCUGGCAUGGAAGAAAUACGUUGGGAUGAGGAAGACGACAAAGGAAACAAGAUUGUCUCCUAUCUUGACAAUGUGGUCAUGGAGCUAUGUCAAGGGGGUGAUAUUACGGGAUGUUCAAGGACCAGGGUGGCAUUGGAGCAAGCCACAGGCUCCUUCUUUGCUCUCCCAAUUAUACACCAAACAGAUGACGACAACCUUGCCGAAGUAAUUGUGGCAGGCCUCGUUUUAUAUCAACCUCCACACCUGCCCGACAUCUUCUACCGUGUUGCAAGCUACCAAGUACCGAGCGAUUCGGAAUGGGACUUCACUGCUUUCUCGGAUAGGCUCCACGCGCAUUUCCCUAGACGAUCAAUUUUUAUCCUUUAG